UAUCCGGGCUGUUAAUAUUUCCUACCUCUACACGCAUUUGGGGUUGUGUAAUGUGUAUGUUUUCAGAAAACCGUAGAGGGUUUUCAGAGGAAUUACCUUGAGUACAAGGAGCUUUUCCAUGGUUCCCAUUGACUGCUUUCACCAGCUCCCCCACCAGCUUACUCAGAUCUUCAAUCCUCUAGUUAGUUUCCACUCUUUCUUUAGCCAUUUCAGCUUGAAAAUUGGCUUGUAUCUCACUCAUCUCUCCUUGAAUCUUCUUGUUGAAAGCCAAUUGUUCAUCUAGAUAGACUUCUGCAUCAGAUAUGGUGUUAUCACUCGACCCUGUUCUCACGUGACUUCUAGUCAUUAUUUAGGGUGAUGAUAGCCAGAAACGGUGGCUCUAGAUACCAAAUGUUACGAACUCUUCCUUUUCUUCAGUCUUCUAGCUCAGUUGAUGAUAAAACUGCAAGAAUGGUGUUUCUCGGUUAACAAUGGCGGGGGCUGUGAUAUUCUAGGGUUGGUGUGGUAGAAUGAAAUGUAAACUACUCUAAGAUAACCUAAGAAUUACCAGUGAUUUCAUAAGAAAGCUGUCAGCUCCCCUUUUGUCUUCUUAUACUGCCACCAUGUGUAGCAAGAGUUGAGGGUUGUGUGUGGUGCUUCCCAUGCAGAUCAGGUGUGCCCACGCCUCUGAUCUCUCUAAAACGACACCGUUUUGCCCCCUCCCGUAAUAAAUAAAUAAAAUGCUGAAAUAACAAAAGCGCGCCCACACUUAUAUAAGUUGGACGACACCGUUUUAUUCAUGGAUUUAAUAAUCCGUUUAUUCGGUUAUCACAAAAAAGAGCUUAUAAGCUGCUCUAAGUCAUCUUAUAAACUUUCUUUAGCCACAGAGGAUCGAAAGCCAGUGAAACCUAAAAAAACGAAACCCCAGCCGACCGAAGUUGAAGACCCCCUGAAACAGCGGCGCCGGCUGCCAUUUGAUUCGGAGAAAGAAGAAUCGUCGACUGAUGUGAUUUUUCUUGAAGAUGAUUAACCUCGUACGCAAAAACCUCGCCUCCUCUUACAUUGUGAAAUCCCAUGUUUCUUUCUCAACACCUCUCCAUUUUUCCUCCUCUUCUUCUUCUUCUUCGAGUGAAAGACAACAACUCCUUAAAACGAACCCUAAGGUGUUCGAUUUAUUGCUCCACAGACACCAUUUCACACCCGAAUUGGCUUCACGGGUUGCCUCCGCUUUAGCCCAUCUCAAAACCCCAGAAAAAGCUGAUUCAAUACUCUCAUUCUUCAAAGACAUUGGUUUUACGAAUACCCAGUUGGAGAAGAUCGUUAAAUACAAGCCUCGAUUCCUCUCCGCUAGUCUCGAGGCUAGCAUUAAACCCAAAAUUAGGGUUUUUCAGGAUUUGGGCUUUUCUUCCGACGACAUUUCAAUCAUAAUCUCGAGCAAUCCGGCAAUUCUGCAUUUGAGUGUGAACAAUAACAUCAUCCCCACAUUGUCUUUGCUCAAGGGUUUGUUGGGAUCCGAUUACGAUUUAGCCCGACUCUUGAGAUUAUCCUCUUGGUUUGUGACGACCAAUUUGGAGCAGACGAUGGUGCCGAAUUUCGAUUUCUUGAAGAGCUUCGAUAUACCGACGGAGCGUCUACUGCUCAUCCUCCAUUGCUAUCCGAGGUUUUUUCUGUUGAAGCCGGACAUAUUAAAGAGAUCGGUGGAAAAGGUGGAAGAAAUGGGGAUCGAUAGACGCUCCAAAGUAUUCAUAUACGCUGUUCGAUCAAUUGCCUCACUGAGCAACGAGGCAUGGGAACUUAAGCUGCAGGGCUUUCGGGAUUUGGGGUUUUCGGAAAACGAGAUAUUGGCGAUGUUUGUGAAGGCGCCGUCUGCUUUCUCUGUGUCGAUGGUCAAGAUCAAGAAAGUCAAAGAGGUUCUACUUGGUACUGGGAAGUUCAGUAAGUCGUCAAUUGUGAAUAAUCCGAUGUCGUUUGCGUGCAGCAUCGAGAAGAGAUUAGAGCCGAGGAUUCGGAUUUUAGAGAUUAUGGAGCGUAGAAAACUGAUUACGAAGUGGCCGGGUCUUGGGGAAGUUUGCACCUUAACGGAUGAUAAGUUCUUUCACAAAUUUAUUAGCCCGUAUAUGGACGAAGUUAGUGAUGUGUGUACAUUCCGAUGAGUUCAGUCAAGAGCAGAACGGUGAUGAAACACUUAAUCGUAGGGAGGGGAAUCAAGAAUCGAAGGAGAAGUGGGGAAGCAAAUGAUCGGAAGUUUCGACCAUGUCCUCACAUUUAACAUGUGCCAGGUAGUACAAUGGCAACUGGGAUUCGAUUGUUAUAACGCAGUUUCAGAAUUUUGCAUUACAUAUAAUUAGUGCAAGUAAACAUUCACGGAGGAAGAAAAGAAACACGAAUAUAUGUUGUUA